GGCAUAUCAUUUGUCGCUGUUUUUACCCGUUUCCCGUCACCGUCUUAUGAAUGGCCGAGGACGACUGACCCUUUGCGGGGCCACAUAUGAUCCAAUCUCACUCCAGGAAAAGUCUCCUUGGAUCGUUUCUCUCUCUCUUCUUCCGCGGUCGUGGCACCACUCGCAACGUGCAGUAGAACUCUCGCGAAAAGGAUUGCUAAUUAUUGUUAUUAGUAAUUAUUUUACCGUUUGGUUGGCGGUUUCCGUGGUUUUGAAUGCAUUUUAAUAAUUAUCUGGUCAGUCAGCCGCGGUCGCCUUUAGCAAUCCCCAAACAAAUAUUAAAUCGACGAAACAAAAUAGGGAAGUCGCUGCUGCUUCCGCUGCUACUUUUCACCUUUUCUUCGCAGCGAUUUUUAUAGGUUGCCUCUUCGAUCACUUUUCUCAUCCAUUCGCUCCGCCCGCCUCCCUCCUCCCGUUUUGUGGUGGCUCGAGAGAUCAGACCCCAAGAAACCCUAGUAGCUUCGGAGUCGAGAACCCUAGAUCAUGAAGGGCAAGAAGCAAUUGAGGCAGCUCAAGCUCGACGUUACGGUGCAGGAAGCCCCGGUCGACAAGUUCCUGACCGCGAGUGGCACCUUCACAGAUGGCGAUCUGCGGCUGAAUCAGAGAGGGCUCCGGUUGAUCUCCGAAGAAACUCAAUCUAGUCGGGUUAAGCCUGAGGAGAUGACCAAUAUAAUAAAUGAUUUCAAUGAACCUGGAACGCUUGCCCCCAUUGGCUUAUUUCUUGGAUCAACGAAGUACAUGGUCAUUCAGGGAGAACCUGGAGCUGUUAUCCGUGGAAAGAAGGGAUCUGGAGGCAUCACAGUGAAGAAGACUAACCAAGCAUUGAUCUUUGGCAUCUAUGAUGAGCCAAUGACUCCAGGGCAGUGCAACAUGGUUGUGGAGAGGUUGGGUGAUUACCUCAUUGAUCAAGGCCUGUAGUCCAUCGAUCUGCCCUCAUUUUUCCUUACAAAUGGAAAUGUAAAAUUUUCUUUAUUUCAACUGAUCUGGGAGUGACCAUUGGGCAAUAAUUUGGUGAACAGAAAGAAAUAUCAUAGUCUUCUCCAUAGUUGUCGAUUUUUCUAUCCCCUUCUUUUCCCUUCUGUUUUAAAUUAGCUCUAUCAAUGAAAAGGGUUCUGUCAAUGUUUCCUCUC